AUGUCGGUUGGCGGGAGCUCUAAUAACGAAAGCCUCCCUCAUGGUAUUUCUGACCGCGACGGACUAUCCGCGGGCAGCAGCUCUGGUACGAGUUCCAUAUAUCUCGAGCCUGCUUCGCGGUCAGUCCUCCCGUCCUUAAAAAAGCGUUUCACCCGUCCAUGGGCUCGAAGGGACAUCGACAACGAUGACGAGAAAGCCGGCCGUGGCCCUCUUGGGCUUCGGCUUCUUCAUUCUUCCCCCGAGGCACUCAUGGACAUCAUACUCGUACAUGGUCUGCGGGGUGGGUCAGUAAAGACUUGGCGGAAGGGGAAGAACCCCCGAACUUUCUGGCCUCAAUAUUGGCUGCCUCUGGAGCCUGAGCUACACAAUGCCAACAUACACAGCUUUGGUUAUGACUCAGACUGGGCCAAUACCAAGUCCAGCAUAUUAAAUAUUCAUGAUUUUGGGCAGUCCCUUUUGGAAGAAAUGCGAAACUCUCCGAGCCUGAGAGACAAAGAAAACGUAAAGUCAGGGAUGCCAUCAAAAGCUUUUGUCCUGGCCAAUGACAUUCCGGAGUUUCAGCGACGCAUCCAAUGUGUAUUCUUCUUGGCCACUCCUCACAGGGGAUCUGACUACGCCGAAGUCUUGAAUAAUAUUCUGCUCGUUUCCGGAAUAAUGUCCUCACGUCACUAUAUUACGGAUAUCACGACUGGGUCUCUAUCAGCUCAAUUGAUCAACGAAGAGUUUGAGAAAGCUGCUAGCGAUUUGCGGAUAUUCUCUUUCUACGAGACCCUUCCGAUGAAGAUUGGUCUUUCGUCUAAAUUGAUUGUGGAGAAACGUUCGGCGAUUCUGGGCACUGCAAGCAUUGUGCAGGAGUCUCGAGGACAAAUGAAAGUCUUGAGGUCAUUUCUAGGUAUCACAGAUCACCCGAAUGAGGACUAUCAUAGAGUUGAAGGUUCAUGCCAGUGGAUCGAAGCCAGAGAGGACUUUCAACAUUGGAUGGAUCCAACUGGACAGCUUGUUCGUUGCCAAAACUCGAUGUCAGGGAAAAAUCCUUGCAUGUUCUGGGUCACUGCAAAUCCUGGAACAGGUAAAACAUAUCUCGCAGCACAUGUUAUAGAUCGGUUGGCGCAGCUCCAGCUCGCGUAUUCUUAUUAUUACUUUCACGUCGGAAGUAAAUCGUCCCGAUCUCCCAGCCACUUUUUAAGAUCUACCGCAUAUCAGAUGGCGAAGUCAAAUGCUUUGGUCCGUGAGAAGCUGAUGGGAAUCUGUGAAGAAGGAUCGAUAUUUGACAAUGAAGACGCUACUACCAUUUGGACCAAAGUUUUCAGAAAAGGCAUUUUUCAGGUCAACAUAAGGACACCGCAGUAUUGGGUGAUUGAUGCAAUCGAUGAGUGCGCCAGGUAUCGAGAACUCUUUACUUUACUUAGAGGCAUUCAGUUGAAGUUCCCACUCAAAAUCUUUCUCACGAGUCGGAAAAUUCCUGAGCUCCACAGCAUACAACGCUCCUUGGAAAGUUGGAUGUCAAUAUCAUACUUUGACAUACCAGCAGAGGACAGCGCGAAGGAUAUCGACUGCUAUAUCCAACAGCGGGUUCACAGUCUGGGUAGCCAGAUGGUGAAUGGAAAAGAGAAUGUAGGUGAGACUCUUUUACGAAGGUCCGAUGCCUGUUUCCUAUGGGUUCGUCUAGUCUUAGACGAACUCGAAAAGGUAUAUGUUCCAGAAAGCUUUACGCAAAUACUCAACAGUAUACCUAGAGGAAUGGUCCCUUUUUAUAAGAGGACUGUUAGCGCAAUGGCGAACAACACCGUUGAGAAGUCUAUCGCUCGAGCUGUACUUGCUUGGGUUGUUGCAAGCUCAAGAGACCUAUCUCUACCUGAACUAUCAAGUGCCUUGAAGUUGGAUAUCAACACUGUUCUCCCCUGUGCCAAAACUGCUGUGGAAGGACUUUGUGGUCAGCUGGUCGUUGUUGACCAUCAUUCUGAUUUUGUCAGACUUGUCCAUGCCACAACACGCGAGUUUCUCUUCUCCGAAGAUGCUGGGGAGUUUUACAUUUCUCAGCCAGAGGCACAUGAGAGAAUUGCUUUGACGUGCUUGAAACUGCUUUCGAGUAGCGAAAUGAAACCACCUCGAAACCAGAAAACGUCGUUUUUGGCUCGUGAAAAUCGAGACCCAUCGCCACUGAUGGAUUACUCAAUAACACAGUUCUCAGAGCAUAUUUGCUCUGCUUUAGCCAAGACUGAUGAGAUUCUACUGGCAUUAAGCCUCUUUUUCAAGACGAACAUUCUCUCGUGGAUCGAGAGGGUCGCUCAGAUGGACGAUCUGUACCCUUUGAUCAGGGUGUCAAAGAACUUAAAGAGCUAUUUGGACUGGAGAGCCAGAUACCUCCCACCACUCAGUAGCGAAGUACAGAUCGUCGAUAGCUGGUCGACAGACUUGAGUAGAAUUGCAACGAACUUCGGCUCAGCUCUUUUGCAGGAUCCGUGGUCCAUCCAUUUUGUUAUUCCCCCUUUCUGUCCGCUUGAUUCCGCUAUUUACAAGCAAUUUGCAAGGCGACCGGGGCCAUUGGCAUUGUCGGUCGUAGGACACAAGGAGAACACGUGGGAUGACUGUGUGGCAUUCGUCAAUUUUGGAGAAGAUAGCGUAGCUGCGGCUGUCUCCUGCGGCGAAAAUCUCAUUGCGGUGGGUCUAGAAUCUGGCGAUAUCAAUGUUUUCAACCGCAAAAGCUGUCAAAAAGAGGGCGUAUUUCACCAAACACAUCCGAUUGAUCUUAUUCAUUUCACGGACAGAUCUAUUGUGGCGUGCACGACCAGAUCGGUCGUUCUUAUGGAUCGCAUGGGAAACCCAAUAUGGCAAAAUCGGCUCAGGUUUCGCUGUAUUCUCCUCACAUCAUCGCCCGAUGCUAUUGUUGCCGUAUCCCAACAUGGGCACGUCCUGAAGUGGGACAUUUCGACCGGUGCCCUUCUCGAUGAUCAAGCGUUUAUGUAUACUAGUCCUGAAAGUGAUGGCGGUGGCGAGCCCGCACCCAAGGCCCCUGAUGUCGUGUCUUUAUCUGCCGACCUGGAAAUGCUUGCGAUAGCGUAUCGGUGGGGUACGGUGUGUAUUUUCGAGGUCGAGACAGCUGAAGUCAUUGCAUGGCCACGUGAUGAAUACAACAGGCUUGCUGCGAUUCUGUUGUUCAACCCAAAUCCCAACAUCAGCCUACUCCUUAUAGUCUACACUGAUCAUAGACUCGCUCUCUUUGAACCAGAAACAGGGUUCCUAGUGAGCGCUCAAGACGCCCCAAGUGCUGCCGGCAUCCUCUCAGCGUCUUGUUCGCCGGAUGGAAAAACGCUUGCUACCGCCAAUAAGCUAGGGGUUCUUCAAAUUUGGGAUUUUGAGUCGUUGGGCCUUCUGUAUCACGUCUCGUCCCCAGCGACACCGUCUCGGAUCAUUCACUUUGUAUCAGAUGGAUCAAGCGUAAUUGACGUGAUAGAUUCUGGCAUGCGGAUCUGGAACCCAGCAGCUCUUGCCCGUAAGAAGAUCAAUGAGGACCAAAGCAUUAGCGACGACGCAUAUUAUCUCGUAGCCACCGAGGGCGAGUAUGAGACACGCAGAAUAGCAAAAAUUACGGCAUUAUGUGCCCAUCCCACUUCACCGUUUAUUCUUGCUGGGAAGCACAAUGGACAGGUCAUAGCUUUCGACACAAAAACAGGACUACAGAUUCAAAUGCUGUACAACCAUCCCGAUGGCGCUACCAUCAGCGGACUAGCGGUUAGCCACAGCGACAUAUUGGCGUCAAGCGAUGUCAAUUGUGGUGUUCAAGUUUGGAAACUAAAACAAGCCCUUUCACCGGCUCACCUGUACACAUAUUCCUCGGCAACACUCAAGGGAGCCAUCAAGCAGCUGUGCUUCAAUGGUGAUUACCUCCUUGUGGCAACGACACACUCGGACCAGGUCUAUUCCAUGGAAGACGGCUCAUGCGUAGGAACAUUGCAAUUUGAACUUGGCGAGAGAAAGGUCUGGCGGUGGCUCCAAGUGCCCUCUCAAUCAGAGCAGCCCACACAAUUUGCUCUCAUCCAAGGCCAUCUAAUGACUAGAUUUAGCGCCUCUGAUUUCCCGUCAAAGAUCGAUAACUUCAAGGCUGAUCUAGAAUACGAUAUUGGGGAGGGUAACAAUGAGACAGACAUUAAUUCAGCAGUCAUUCACCCAGAAACACAAAAUCUGAUCCUCGACAUUCAAUACGCCUCGGGAUACGUCUCGUCAUCCUCCAUGUUUUUCUUCAACCUAAGCAAGAUGACGACCAUGAGCGAAUUGAUUCCCAAAUACUGCAAGCAUUUCAUCGGUGUGAGCGAGCGGACGCAAACUUUUGUGUUCUUGCACCAAAAUUCAUGGCUUUGCAGCAUUAGCAAAAAUCAACUCGCGCUGGGCCAAUAUACACAACACUUUUACGUACCUGAUAAAUUCAUGUUGCUUAGACACCGCGUGUUGCCUACGCUGACUGCUGACGAUGACGUGGUGUUUUGUCUGUAUGACGAGCUGACUGUGGUGAGGAACGGGCUCAUCUUUAAAGAGACGAAGGUCUUGAGCUAG